UUGUUUACACUCGCUCUCCUCCCGAGCUUCGUCUGCUGCGCCGGAGGGAGAAAAGAUGGCUGGGCGGCUGAGCUGGUCGGCGGUGAAUGUUGCCAGGAGGAGCUUUGGGCUUCAGCUGCGGGGGAGUCAAGCCCAGCUGAUAAAUUCUAGGACCUUAUCCUCGGCCCUUGGAGAGGAGCAGCCAAAUUUUCCGGGAUCGAGAUCAAAAUGGACGGAGAAGCUAGAGUUCGUUCAGCCAGAUCUCUACGACGGAAUUCCUGUCUAUCGUGUCAUGAACAGGAAAGGAGAAGUUAUCGACCCUGCUUAUGACCCAAAGCUUGACAAAGACACCCUUGUGAAAAUGUACAAGCGCAUGACUAUGUUGAAUACCAUGGAUCGUAUCAUGUAUGAAUCACAGCGUCAAGGUCGCAUAUCUUUCUACAUGACUAACUAUGGCGAAGAGGGGACCCACAUUGGCUCGGCUGCUGCUCUCGAUGACAACGACUUGGUUUAUGGCCAGUACCGUGAGGCUGGUGUGCUUAUGUGGCGAGGUUUUCCACUUGACCGCUUCAUGAACCAGUGCUAUGGCAACGAGGGCGACAUGGGAAAGGGUCGCCAAAUGCCCGUCCAUUACGGUUCAACAGAACAUAACUUUGUUACCAUUUCAUCCCCACUGGCAACACAGAUGCCUCAAGCUGUUGGAACGGCGUACGCAUUCAAAAGAGCCCAAAAUGGAUUGUGCGUUAUAUGCUAUUUUGGUGAAGGGACUUCCAGUGAAGGCGAUGCACAUGCAGCCUUCAAUUUUUCUGCAACUUUAGAUUGCCCAAUCAUAUUCUUCUGUCGCAACAACGGCUAUGCCAUAUCAACCCCUACAAGUGAACAGUAUCGUGGAGACGGUGUUGCAGCGCGAGGACCAGCAUAUGGCAUGGCAACUAUCCGUGUUGAUGGCAACGAUGUCUUUGCUGUGUAUAAUGCCACUAAAGCUGCAAGACACCUGGCUGUUACAGAGAACCGUCCAGUCCUUAUUGAAGCUAUGACUUAUAGGAUUGGUCACCACAGCACAUCAGAUGACAGCUCAGCCUAUCGUUCCGUGGAUGAGGUACGUCACUGGGACUCCACACAACACCCUAUUGCCCGUCUUCGUGCACACCUGGUGCAGCAUGGCUUUUGGGAUGAAGCCCAAGAAAAGCAGUGGAAAGAUGAUUGCAAACGCCAGGUGAUGCAGGCAUUUGCUCGAGCUGAGAGAAGACAAAAACCAGGAUGGAAAGCUCUGUUUACUGAUGUUUAUGACGACAUGCCAGAGAACCUCCAAGAACAGUAUGAAUACAUGAAGUCCCAUGUCGAAGAAUAUGAAGACCACUACCCAACCAAGCAUUUUGCUAAAGAUUAGAAGUUAUCAUAAAUGGAGGAAUAGAGUUUCAGUUUUGACACUUUUUUUUUUGCUGUAGGGUAUGCAAUGUGUAUUUCAUGUAUUGAAUUGCACAAGGGGGAUAUAGAUACAAGUGACUUAUAUUUGUGAACUCCUUAAACCUGAUGAGUGUUGGUAGAAGUAUAGGUACUUUUGGAAGGAAUUCUUAGAUAGAGAUAACAUUGAAUGAACCGGUGUAUAACUUGGCUUUGUUUAAUACAAUGAAACUUGGCUUUGUUUAAUCAUUAAUGUUACAAAAAUGUAGAUGUCAACUAGUUAGGGCCGUAGCAUCCGUGUAGGUAGUUGUCACCAAAUUAUUUUUCACUGCAUUACAUUUUCGAAGAGACAUGCAGUUGUUAUCUUGCUUUAUCAUGAUAAAGAUAUUUUAACGAAUUCACAAUAAUUCUCCAAUUUUUUUAUGUAUCUCAUAGUAAGUCUUCUUUGGUUAAUACAGUUUGUUUCUGACAGACAUUGAGGUUGAUUCAUAUUUCAUUCAUUCUUAUUCUUCCAAUUCUUUUAAAUGAAAAUCAUUCAGCAACAUCUUAUAAUCUGUAAUGCAUUGUAGAAUCUUCUGUCCAUAGUCUUUAUCAUUUUUAGAUGUUAGUUUGAUAUCAUGUUUUAUAAAGCAGGCAGUCUUUUAGUAAAAUGGUGUUUGAAAGUAGGUUCAUUAAUUGAUGUACUUAUUCCAAAUUGUGGUGAUAGUAGUAUAGUUGGAAUUAAUCAACAUUUUCAGAGUAGAUGCAAAAUAUUUUUGUUUAAAAUACAUACCAGAAAAAAGAA